AUGCUUCGAGCCAGCAGAGUUGUGGUGUUUGCCGUGGUCACGUUAGUUGUCUGCUGCAAUGCCGACCCUCGUCAGGAGCAAGAAGAGCACAACGCAGCUGAUCGUUACGACAAUGAGAUAAGAGAAAGACAGGAAUUGGAAAGAUUUCUACAUUUUAUAUUACAAUCGCAAAUGAGGAAUGGAUAUGAACGGAAUCUGGAUGGGAUCGGAGGCGCUUUAUUAGGCCGAAGUCUUGGAAAUGGAAGAAUUAGUGAUGGACUUGGUGGCAGUAGCCUUUUGGGAAGAAGCCUUACGGGUGGUAAAAAUUUGGACAACUUAGGUGGUUCAACUCUACUUGGUAGAAGUAUUGACAAUGAACAUUACGCACGAUUUGUUGAUUCUCUUGGUGGCGGGAAUUUCGUCCGUACCCUGGACUCCAUUGGAGGAGGAAAUUUGGUACGAAAUCUGGAUUCUAUCGGUGGGGGUAACCUGGUAAAGAAGAACUUAGAUGCUAUAGGUGGACCGAAUCUAGUUAAACGGCACGUUGACUCUCUUGGUGGAGGUAACUUCGUACGUAACUUAGAUUCUAUCGGAGGGGGAAACUUUGUCCGUGAGCUUGAUUCCAUAGGAGGUGGUAACAAACCUCAAAACCUCGAGUCUAUAGGACACAAUUUGGUGAGGCAAGUCCGCGAAGCUCAUCGCAUGUCACAUUUGGGAAGACGAUAUGAAUAUCUAAGUCCACUUGGUAGGAAUCUGGUUGCGCCAUUCGAAUACGCAUACGGCUAUUACGGAGAUGGUCUGCCAAAACGAAACUUUGAUGAAAUCGACCGAUCAAACUUGAACACAUUUGUGAAGAAGCGAAACUUCGACGAGAUAGACCAGUCAUCCAUGCCCUUCCCAUUCAAGAGAUUCUACCCUCUCAUGGGACUUAACUACUUGGACGUCCCAGUCUCAAGCCUAGACAAGAAGCGCUACAGACCCGAUUACCCUAUGGACGAAAUUGACUUCUCACAGUUCCCAAUUGGUUCUAAAAGAUCGGAAAAUACCCACUCUCUACGAUAA